UUGCCAGCUGCUACCCAAACUCAUGAAGCGGUACCAACCACGAGUGUUGAAGCAACAAAUAGCGUUCCAGCUGUGUUGUCAACAACCUUACAAGAGACAGUGCCAAGUGCAAGUGCUGAUGUUGAGAAUAUUGAUGAUGUGCUUCAGGUUUUGUCACCUCUUCCAGAUGCAUCAAAGAAACGAUUAAUCGCUAGGAAAAGAAAGACACAAAAAAGCGAGAUCUUGACAUCUUCGCCUUAUAAAAAAGGACUAAUGGAGAAGAUCAAAGAUCCUAAAGCCGUGGAAAAGGUCAAGAAAAACAUGCAAGUAAAAGCGAAGAAGGUUGUAUCUAAACCGGAAAAUAAGGAGACAGAAUGCAUUAUUUGUGGACAUGGAAAGGGAGCUGCUGAUGGUGUUGGUGGAGCGUUGAAACGCCAAGCUGAUUUUUGUAGCAAGAGGCAUAGAUACGAAGACAUAGACAACGUAGCAUCGACUAUUCCAAGCAAUAUUUUACCACUAAAAGGAACCAUGCAAAUCCACCAAAUGUUCUCAGAAACUCGUGGAAUCUUAAACUAUAGGGUUCUGAGUUGUUUUUGUGAAAAGUUCUGUUCGUGUCACGUUCCUAAAACUUAUUCGCCUCUGCCUGAAACAGAAUCCAACAUUGACAAGAUUUUGGACCACUUGUUUCCUAAUGAAAAAGACGACGUUGUAAUUCAAGAGAUGGAGGAUUUGUCGCUCACUGCAAAAAGUAACGUUGACGAAGAAGGCGAUGUUCUGGUGAUGUUCCUCAAAACAGUCGAUGAUAGUGGAAGAUUGUUUAAAUUAGUGGAGAAUGACAUAUCGGAUGUUCCGUAUGAAGAUUUGAUUAAAAUUCUACCAAAUCCAAAGGUGGUUAAGAAAAGAAGAAGACAGUUUUUGAAAUUUGAUGAACCUUUGCCAGUGUUCGAAAAGUAA